CACCUACAUAUAAACGCACCCGCACACCGCUCAAACACAAUUUACAACCCGCACACAGCUCCAACCCGUUGGUUGGAUAGCUCAGCAAGACAAGCGAGCUGAGCAGAGCUUUGCUUUGCUUGAACCCCCUACCGACACUUCUUGUGCAUCCCAGCCCAUAAAUCCCCCACGUACUUUACUCGUCAUUUCUCGCACCUCCUCCUCCCCCUCCCCCUCGCCUACAUUCAUUCAUUGCUUCCUUUUCUCUCUCCCUGCCCAUGCUAAAGCCUGCCUCGGCCAUUGCCUGAGCCUGCCAUUGUUGGACCUUGGACCUGUUCUCCUUGUCGUAAAGGCAAAGGAGAGCGCGUGCAUUGAGGACGACGGCCAUGGCGCCAGCGGUGGCCGGAGGGGGCCGCGUGCGGAGCAAUGAGCCGGUUGCUGCUGCUGCCGCCGCGCCGGCGGCCAGCGGCAAGCCCUGCGUGUGCGGCUUCCAGGUUUGCGCCUGCACGGGGUCGGCCGCGGUGGCCUCCGCCGCCUCGUCGCUGGACAUGGACAUCGUGGCCAUGGGGCAGAUCGGCGCCGUCAACGACGAGAGCUGGGUGGGCGUGGAGCUCGGCGAAGAUGGCGAGACCGACGAAAGCGGUGCCGCCGUUGACGACCGCCCCGUAUUCCGCACCGAGAAGAUCAAGGGUGUCCUCCUCCACCCCUACCGGGUGCUGAUUUUCGUUCGUCUGAUCGCCUUCACGCUGUUCGUGAUCUGGCGUAUCUCCCACAAGAACCCAGACGCGAUGUGGCUGUGGGUGACAUCCAUCUGCGGCGAGUUCUGGUUCGGUUUCUCGUGGCUGCUGGAUCAGCUGCCCAAGCUGAACCCCAUCAACCGCGUGCCGGACCUGGCGGUGCUGCGGCAGCGCUUCGACCGCCCCGACGGCACCUCCACGCUCCCGGGGCUGGACAUCUUCGUCACCACGGCCGACCCCAUCAAGGAGCCCAUCCUCUCCACCGCCAACUCGGUGCUCUCCAUCCUGGCCGCCGACUACCCCGUGGACCGCAACACAUGCUACGUCUCCGACGACAGUGGCAUGCUGCUCACCUACGAGGCCCUGGCAGAGUCCUCCAAGUUCGCCACGCUCUGGGUGCCCUUCUGCCGCAAGCACGGGAUCGAGCCCAGGGGUCCGGAGAGCUACUUCGAGCUCAAGUCACACCCUUACAUGGGGAGAGCCCAGGACGAGUUCGUCAACGACCGCCGCCGCGUUCGCAAGGAGUACGACGAGUUCAAGGCCAGGAUCAACAGCCUGGAGCAUGACAUCAAGCAGCGCAACGACGGGUACAACGCCGCCAUUGCCCACAGCCAAGGCGUGCCCCGGCCCACCUGGAUGGCGGACGGCACCCAGUGGGAGGGCACAUGGGUCGACGCCUCCGAGAACCACCGCAGGGGCGACCACGCCGGCAUCGUACUGGUGCUGCUGAACCACCCGAGCCACCGCCGGCAGACGGGCCCGCCGGCGAGCGCUGACAACCCACUGGACUUGAGCGGCGUGGAUGUGCGUCUCCCCAUGCUGGUGUACGUGUCCCGUGAGAAGCGCCCCGGGCACGACCACCAGAAGAAGGCCGGUGCCAUGAACGCGCUUACCCGCGCCUCGGCGCUGCUCUCCAACUCCCCCUUCAUCCUCAACCUCGACUGCGAUCAUUACAUCAACAACUCCCAGGCCCUUCGCGCCGGCAUCUGCUUCAUGGUGGGACGGGACAGCGACACGGUUGCCUUCGUCCAGUUCCCGCAGCGCUUCGAGGGCGUCGACCCCACCGACCUCUACGCCAACCACAACCGCAUCUUCUUCGACGGCACCCUCCGUGCCCUGGACGGCAUGCAGGGCCCCAUCUACGUCGGCACUGGGUGUCUCUUCCGCCGCAUCACCGUCUACGGCUUCGACCCGCCGAGGAUCAACGUCGGCGGUCCCUGCUUCCCCAGGCUCGCCGGGCUCUUCGCCAAGACCAAGUACGAGAAGCCCGGGCUCGAGAUGACCACGGCCAAGGCCAAGGCCGCGCCCGUGCCCGCCAAGGGUAAGCACGGCUUCUUGCCACUGCCCAAGAAGACGUACGGCAAGUCGGACGCCUUCGUGGACACCAUCCCGCGCGCGUCGCACCCGUCGCCCUACGCCGCGGCGGCUGAGGGGAUCGUGGCCGACGAGGCGACCAUCGUCGAGGCGGUGAACGUGACGGCCGCCGCGUUCGAGAAGAAGACCGGCUGGGGCAAAGAGAUCGGCUGGGUGUACGACACCGUCACGGAGGACGUGGUCACCGGCUACCGGAUGCAUAUCAAGGGGUGGCGGUCACGCUACUGCUCCAUCUACCCACACGCCUUCAUCGGCACCGCCCCCAUCAACCUCACGGAGAGGCUCUUCCAGGUGCUCCGCUGGUCCACGGGAUCCCUCGAGAUCUUCUUCUCCAAGAACAACCCGCUCUUCGGCAGCACAUACCUCCACCCGCUGCAGCGCGUCGCCUACAUCAACAUCACCACUUACCCCUUCACCGCCAUCUUCCUCAUCUUCUACACCACCGUGCCGGCGCUAUCCUUCGUCACCGGCCACUUCAUCGUGCAGCGCCCGACCACCAUGUUCUACGUCUACCUGGGCAUCGUGCUAUCCACGCUGCUCGUCAUCGCCGUGCUGGAGGUCAAGUGGGCCGGGGUCACAGUCUUCGAGUGGUUCAGGAACGGCCAGUUCUGGAUGACAGCAAGUUGCUCCGCCUACCUCGCCGCCGUCUGCCAGGUGCUGACCAAGGUGAUAUUCCGGCGGGACAUCUCCUUCAAGCUCACAUCCAAGCUACCCUCGGGAGACGAGAAGAAGGACCCCUACGCCGACCUCUACGUGGUGCGCUGGACGCCGCUCAUGAUUACACCCAUCAUCAUCAUCUUCGUCAACAUCAUCGGAUCCGCCGUGGCCUUCGCCAAGGUUCUCGACGGCGAGUGGACGCACUGGCUCAAGGUCGCCGGCGGCGUCUUCUUCAACUUCUGGGUGCUCUUCCACCUCUACCCCUUCGCCAAGGGCAUCCUGGGGAAGCACGGAAAGACGCCAGUCGUGGUGCUCGUCUGGUGGGCAUUCACCUUCGUCAUCACCGCCGUGCUCUACAUCAACAUCCCCCACAUGCAUACCUCGGGAGGCAAGCACACAACGGUGCAUGGUCACCAUGGCAAGAAGUUGGUCGACACAGGGCUCUAUGGCUGGCUCCAUUGAUGACUUUGCCCGGACAAGACGACCUGAGACAAGAAACAACUCAUCCACUCAACAGUCAGUGCAUGCAUCCAUCUCAUCGAGAAGCAGAGCCCGCCAAAGUUUGAAUUUUUUAAUUUUUUUUCUUCACUUUUUUGCCCGUUUCUUUUUAGUUUUGUCCAGAAAAAAGAUGGUGUUGAUUUGAUUUAGUUUAUAAUUACCUGUGGUAAUUAAUUAUGUACUUAAUUAUACAUUCCGCGAACAACAAGGGAGACAGACGACUUACGGGGUACUGGCUCGGGUGGUAAGAGCUUGCACUGUACUGUACAUGCUCGACGAUGUAUAGAGAUGCACAGAGGAGAGGAUGGGAGUGCUGGGACCGUGGGGUGGACGGCGGUAUUCUUUUAGUAUUAUAUAUGGAAACAAUAAAUUUAAUUUCAUUAA